CGUGCAUGGUCUUCCGGAAGUGGCGUAAGUGACCAUGACCUUCUUCUCUUUAGUCACGUACAGUGAGUCAUGUAGAGUAGACGAGACACACGGAUGGUCGCGAAAUGUAGGAGUAGAGAAAAAUCACUUCGCAAAGCGCCCCAUAGUCUGUUUACGCUGUUUUUAGCACAGGCAGGUUGAGAGGGAACAAUGGUGAAGUAUUUCAGCUGUGCAGGCUUUCUGAAGAGCUCAUGGGACCAAGUGUUUUUGGCAUUCUGGCAGAGAUACCCCAACCCCUACAGUAAUCAUGUUUUAACUGAAGACAUCAUAUUUCGGGAAGUCACUCCGGACAACUGUCUGAUCUCCAGACGUCUCCUGACCAAAACAAGCAGAGCUCCUCGCUGGGCGGAGAAGUUUCUGCCUGCUCACAUGGCACAGAAGGCUUACAUCAUUGAGGACUCUGUAGUGGAUCCUCGAGGCAGGACCAUGACCACUCUCACCUGGAAUAUCAGCCACACUCGUGUGAUGAGUAUUGAAGAGCGUUGUGUGUACAGAGUGAACCCUGACAACAACAGCUGGACCGAGAUCAAGAGAGAGGCCUGGAUUUCCUCCAAACUGUACGGCCUCUCUAGAGCGAUUCAGGAAUUUGGUCUUGCCCGGUUUAAGAGCAGCGUUACAAAGACCAUGAAAGGCUUUGAGUAUGUCCUGGCCAAGAUGCAAGGUGAAAUGCCCACACGUACUCUGGCAGAAACCGCAACUGUGAAGGCACGCGAGACCGCACUCGCCGCCAAGGAGAAGGCGAAAGAUUUAGCCUCUCAGGCUCAGAAGAAGCAGUAUGUAUGAUGAGUCCAGUGUCCGGACUCUCCCAGCACUUCUGAAAAGGGCCGUGUCAUGCCAUCACAGGACACAGACGUGGAUGUGAGAUGCAUUUAGCCAGGAGCUGAGAUGAUCAAAUCGUGCCUGUCUGGAUUCUCAGAAUGCAUUUAGUGAAGCCCAUGUGCUCUUCGACUGAAAUUCUCUAGUAAACUUGAUUUGAUGCAGCAGAAUCCUCCACCUGCUCCUGAUUUUACAUGUGUUUGCAAUUUUUUCGAUUGCUAAAUUCAUUUCUCUGAUUUUGUUGUUGUAUUUCAAACAUGGCCUCUCUGAAUCUUCAUAUUCAGACUUACUAAGUGAGGUCUGUAAUCUGCCUUGUUUAGCAAUGUGAUUCGUCGCUUCAAAUUGAAGUUCUAUCUGCAUUGAUUGGUCCACGGUUCCAGCAGUCACUGCCGGCGUGAUAUCUAGAGUUCUGCAGAGGAGUCUGAUCUUUGGCACAUGAG